CCAGUGAGGUGGGAAUCCACACAAACACGCCUGCCUUUAAAACAAGAAAGGGGACGCAUGACUGCUGUAAAAUCAAUUCGAAACAGGACAAGAAGUUGUCUUGUUAUAAGUUUUUGGUUUGCCUUCACUUUUUUUUUAAUAUCAUUCGUUACUAACCCGCUACCUCAGUUAAAAAUGUACAGAUAUUUCGGAGAAUUACUUACUCGUGGUGCAAGCAGUGCUCUGGCCUCGGGAUGUGUUGAGUCGGCUCUUCCAGUUACCGCGUCGUUGAUGAGGGUGCGCCACUACAGCGAGGUCGUGGGAGAGAAAGAUGCAGAUGACCCCAACUUCUUUAAAAUGGUGGAGGGAUUCUUUGACCGCGGUGCUAAUAUCGUUGAGGAUAAACUGGUGGAGGACCUCAAGAACAAGGAGACGCCAGUGCAGAAGAGACACAGAGUUCGCGGAAUUCUCAAGAUUAUCAAGCCCUGCAACCAUAUACUGAGUGUAUCGUUCCCCAUCAAGCGAGACAACGGCGAAUGGGAGGUGAUUGAGGGGUAUCGUGCCCAGCACAGCCAACACAGGACCCCCUGUAAAGGAGGUAUCCGCUACAGCACCGAGGUGUCGGUCGAUGAGGUGAAAGCCCUGGCCUCGCUGAUGACAUACAAAUGUGCUGUCGUGGAUGUUCCAUUUGGAGGAGCCAAAGCUGGAGUGAAGAUCAACGUAAAGAAUUACACUGACAAUGAACUGGAGAAAAUCACCAGAAGAUUCACCAUUGAGCUGGCCAAAAAGGGUUUUAUUGGGCCUGGCAUUGAUGUCCCUGCCCCUGAUAUGAGCACUGGAGAGAGGGAAAUGUCCUGGAUUGCUGACACCUAUGCCAACACCAUGGGCCACCAUGACAUCAACGCUCAUGCCUGUGUGACUGGUAAGCCCAUCAGCCAGGGUGGCAUCCACGGAAGGAUCUCGGCCACCGGGCGAGGAGUAUUCCACGGCAUUGAGAACUUCAUCAACGAGGCGGCCUACAUGAGCCAGCUGGGCCUGAGCCCUGGCUUCACCGACAAGACCUUUGUCAUCCAGGGUUUUGGUAACGUUGGCAUGCACUCCAUGCGUUACCUACACCGUUUCGGGGCCAAGUGUGUUGGUGUUGGAGAGAUGGAUGGAAACAUCUGGAACCCCAAUGGCAUCGACCCAAAGGAGCUGGAGGACUACAAGCUGCAACACGGCACCAUCGUGGGCUUCCCCAACUCCACACCAUACGAAGGCAGCAUCCUGGAGGCCGACUGUGACAUCCUGAUCCCGGCCGCCAGCGAGAAGCAACUGACCAGGAAUAACGCCCACAAAAUCAAGGCCAAGAUCAUUGCUGAAGGAGCCAAUGGACCCACCACCCCUGACGCUGAUAAGAUCUUCCUGGCGAGGAAUAUCAUGGUGAUUCCGGACAUGUACCUGAACGCUGGUGGAGUGACUGUCUCCUACUUUGAGUGGCUGAAGAACCUGAACCAUGUCAGCUACGGUAGACUGACCUUCAAGUAUGAGAGGGACUCCAACUACCACCUGCUCAUGUCCGUCCAGGAGAGUCUGGAGAGGAAGUUUGGGAAGCAUGGGGGAGCAAUCCCAGUGGUCCCUACCUCUGAGUUCCAGGCCAGGAUCGCUGGCGCUUCAGAGAAGGACAUUGUGCACUCAGGACUGGCCUACACCAUGGAGAGGUCUGCCAGGCAAAUCAUGCGCACAGCUAACAAGUACAACCUGGGCCUCGACCUGAGGACGGCAGCGUACGUCAACGCCAUCGAGAAGGUCUUCAAGGUGUACAACGAGGCUGGUCUUACCUUCACAUAGGUGGCACCUCCACAGCCUCUGUCCAUCCGAGCAGACCCAGGGCCCCGCCUCUCCCAGCCUUUAUCUUUAUAUAACGUUCACGCGUUUACAUUUUACACAUGACCGUUAGCUCUACUCUUUGCAUAUGUAUUUCAAGCAAAUCAAUACACAUUCUUUUGCAUUCUCAUAUUAUCUAGAGACCACAUGUUCUAGCUUGCUUUGAAUCCGCUGUUAUGAAACUACUGUGCCUAUGGUUAUUUUUUUGCCUGUAGUCAUUCCAUCGAUUGAAUUGCUGUUACUAUAUUAUUAUGCCAGGUAACACCAAAAACUCUGGUCUGCAGCUUUUACGGGCUAGUUCUUUUCUGAAUUAGUGCUGUGCUUGUUCGGUGUCUGUUACGGACAUACUGUUACUUCACUGACAGAGUUGAAGAAGUUGGUGAACAGAAUGUAGAGCAGAGACGCACGUAAAAGCCUUAAUUUCUCCUGUGUUGAAGUGGAGUAGGUUAAUCAUUUUUAUCUGUUACCAUAAUGUUUUUUCUAUUUAAGGUCAGUCCACUUACAGUAUAAAGCAGUGUCUACACUUCAGGGUGAUAAAAUGUGUUCGUAAGCAGAUUUAUUAUGUUACUCUGUUGACAUGACACUAAAAAGGAUCAAUUCCAGAAGAUUGUUCUUUGUUGUUACUGGUGUUUGCUUGGGCAGCCACAGUUUGAGUGUCUUUCUCCGCGUUUUUGCCUUUGUUUAAUUCUUUGUCUCGCCUCAGAACUUGAUCAAGGUCGGUGUGGUGUUUGUGCUGAAUCCUUAGGGCCAAUGGAAGGGGAAAAUAUGUGGGAAAAACAUUUUUCUUUGUCUUUAUAUCAGCCUUUGACUGCUUUAGGAUUCUAUGUAACAUCAUUUGUAUAGCCUUUUCGUUGAAGAAUUCAUUAAACUACAAAACGAUUGAUUGUGUUGAUUCAAACCAAACUAUGAUUCCCUGUGGGGUAUGUAAAAGAUUUUUCCAUGGAAGCAAAUCCUGUUUAUUUUGUAUAUCAACAGCUAGUUAUUGGCUGCAUAAUCCCCACUGUACCUAUUUCAUCCAACACUACAACCUCUACGGGAUGGGUGUUCCGAUACCGGGACGGUUGUUGUUAACGUGUGCUAAUGUGACUAUAAUGACGUAAGUAACAGCCAACCUUCCAGGACAUAGACUUGUCUUAUAUGGGCAGAAAGUUGAAAUCCUUGUUAAUCUUACUGAAGUGUCUAAUUUACUGUAGCUAUUGCAGUGAAAAAUGCCAUGCUAUUGUUUGAGAGUGCACAAUAAACGUUUAUCUCGGCAA